AUGCGUGAAAUCGUUCAUCUCCAAACCGGCCAGUGCGGUAACCAAAUCGGUGCCCGAUUCUGGGAAGUCGUCUCGGACGAGCACAGCAUUGGUGCCGAUGGUGUCUACAACGGCAAUAACGACCUCCAGCUUGAGCGGAUAUCGGUCUACUACAACGAGGUUGGCGGAAACAAGUACGUCCCUCGGGCGGUCUUGAUUGACCUCGAGCCUGGGACCAUGGACUCCGUUCGUUCUGGACCUCUCGGCACACUCUUCAGACCAGACAACUUCGUCUUUGGGCAAAGUGGUGCUGGCAACAACUGGGCUAAAGGACAUUACACGGAGGGCGCUGAGCUCGUCGACUCCGUUCUGGAUGUUGUCCGCAAGGAGGCCGAGGGCACUGACUCCCUCCAAGGCUUCCAAAUCACCCACUCUCUCGGUGGUGGCACUGGCUCCGGAAUGGGCACCCUCCUCAUCUCCAAGAUCCGUGAGGAGUACCCUGACCGUAUGAUGUGCACAUACUCCGUCGUUCCCAGUCCCAAGGUCUCCGACACUGUCGUUGAGCCCUACAAUGCUACCCUCUCCGUUCAUCAACUCGUUGAGAACUCGGAUGAGACUUUCUGCAUUGACAAUGAGGCCCUCUACGACAUCUGCUUCCGCACCCUGAAGCUCUCUACCCCCACUUACGGCGACCUGAAUAACCUCGUCUCUGUUGUCAUGUCUGGAAUUACGACUUGCCUGCGUUUCCCUGGUCAACUCAACUCUGACCUUCGCAAGCUCGCUGUCAACAUGGUUCCUUUCCCCCGUCUUCACUUCUUCAUGACCGGCUUUGCUCCUCUUACGGCUCGUGGUAGCGCCCAGUACCGCGCUGUCAGCGUUCCAGAGCUUACGGCCCAGAUGUUCGACGCCAAGAACAUGAUGGCUGCCUCUGACCCGCGACACGGACGCUACCUCACUGUCGCCGCCGUCUUCCGGGGCAAGGUCGCUAUGAAGGAGGUCGAGGAACAGAUGCAGAAUGUGCAGAACAAGAACUCGGCCUACUUCGUCGAGUGGAUCCCCAACAAUGUUCUCACUGCCCAUUGUGACAUUCCCCCGCGUGGCGUCAAGAUGGCUGUUACCUUCAUUGGUAACUCAACCGCCAUCCAGGAGCUGUUCAAGCGUGUUUCGGACCAGUUCACCGCCAUGUUCAAGCGCAAGGCUUUCUUGCAUUGGUACACACAGGAGGGCAUGGACGAGAUGGAGUUCACGGAAGCCGAGUCCAACAUGCAAGAUCUCGUUGCUGAAUACCAACAAUACCAAGAUGCGACUGCCGAAGAGGAGGGCGAAUACGAAGAGGAUGUUCCCGUCGAGGAGUAG